AUGCCUGAACAGGAUCUGGCUCCGGCGUCACAGGGAUCCCGCGACCCUGCGUUCAGUCAGGGGAGUUCUCGGAAAUCCACAAAGAGUUCGACGGCUUGCGAUGUUUGCAAAACUCGAAAAGUGAAGUGCCGCGGUGGUCCCCCCUGUGACUAUUGUGUUUCUCAUGGCACAGUUUGCGUGGUUGACCAGACACGAGACGGUCGUCGCAAGAUAGCUGUCAAACGGACAUUAGAUGAUCUGGAAAAGGACCGAGAACUUCUUAUCGACCUCGUUGCUACCAUGCGUGACGGCAAGAACACCUAUGUUGAACAGCUGCUGACUCUAAUCAGGGGCCAUGCUUCGCUUAGCGAUAUUCGGGCAUAUAUAGAUGCACAAGUGAGAGACGCAAAUAUAGAGAAAACACCAGAGCUGGAAAGGCUGCAAAAUGAGAUUCAAGAAUCAAGAAGAAAUGUUCGGGCGCGCGACAUGGGCAGUAUCAUGGAUAUACAAAGAUUGUCGGACAUCCCCAUCUUCAAAGUCCCAGCUAAGCCUUGGACCACCGUGACUGAUGAUGACGACCUGGUUUCCCACCUGGUCUCUUUGUGGUUCACAUGGAGCAAUCCAUUUGAAAACUAUGUGCAUCGAGAGUCAUUCAUUAAAGACAUGCAGGCUGCUCAGCUAGACUGCAAUUACUGUUCUCCCUUUUUGGUUAACGCCAUCCUUGCCGAAGCGAGUGCUCUGAGUGACUACAUUGAAGUAUCUGCCAGUGCAGAUGAUAUGGCGUCUCGGGGCGACAAGUUCAUUAAAGAAGCAAAAACUUUGCUUGUUAAAAUAGACGAUAUUGCAAAUCUUCCUACAAUUCAGGGGUUGGCGGCACUAAGCGUCGUGAUGGCUAUGGUUGGAAAGGAUCGGACAGGCUGGAUGUAUCUAGGAUUGGCUAGACGCGCCACUGAAGAGUUUGAGAAGCAAUUAGCCCAAGGGGGUAUUCGUAAUGCCGAGGACCCAAUCAGUUACGCUCUCUGGGGCAUGUUUAGCAUAAUCACGACUUUCUCGGUCUCUCUACAGCGAUAUGAACCCAAGGAUUUGCCAAAGUAUCCUCCACCAAAACUCAGCCAUGGUGCGAGCUGGGAUACUUGGUCGCCGUAUCCACGGCAAGCAGAGCCAGUGCCGGCACAUUUAUCUUGUAUCUCCCAUGGGUGGUCUGACUUGACGAUUAUCCUUGGUAAAAUUGAAUCAGACGUUUCUUCAGUCCUGGAGAAUUGCCACAAGGAGCUUCGGACGUGGGAAUCGAACCUACCAGAAUGCAUCAAGACUGACUCUGCCUCUGUACCUCAUGUACUCUACCUGCAUAUGCAGUAUCACAGCAUCAUUAUGCAAAUGUUCGGUUUUCUCAGUUUUCAUGAUGCCAACUCAGAUCCAAUAAAAGUUAAAAACAUACGAAUCUCGGCAGCGCAUGAAGUUCUCAAAUUGACCAAUUUGCAUCGCAAAAAAUGGGGCAUCCAGCGCAUGUCACCUACCAUGAUCCACUGGCUCAGCACAAGCAUGUUUACAUUACUAGAUGCUCUCGACGAUGAUAGCAACAGAAAGGCAUUCACUGAGUUGGCUGUUGUCACACGCGCCUGCGCCCACCGCUGGAUGCUGAGCAAAGGAAUUUUGCGUAUGAUCCAACUAAAUGCGGCAAAAAUGCACACAGGAUCGAAUCUGAAAGGAACGGUCGGAUAUAUCAUGUGA